AUGCAAAUGGAACCAUGGCGGAAACGAGGGUUUGUCCCAGACUCGGACGAGGAUGAUGGCUUUGAUUCCCUCGAUACGAGCCAACCGGCGGUUGACAAUGCAAGCGACGCAAGCGACGAAAUCAACCUCGAUUAUAUCCCCCUCCCUACGGCGACGUCGAACCUCGAGCAGCGCCCUGCGGAUGCCGGAGAUUCAGAGUUGCGGGAUGCGAUAGAACCUGCCGAGGAGCAUAAUGACGGCAAAUUGGCUGAAGGCUCUCAAGAGCUGGUGGAUUUGGUUUCAACGCCUCCAAUUAAGAAAGGCUUAUCUACCAAACAAGGCUCAGAGCCUGCGAGUGCAGCGAAAGAGUCUCCGAAAUCUGUUUCAUUGGAAGAACAGCCCACGAAGCUACGACGAGCAACCCGGACGUAUGGGAAACGACAGUCAGCAACGAAAGCACCCGAUGGAAACGCCAAUGAACCACGCCGCAAUGUCCUGGCAGACCUUGACGAUAGUAUAUGGGAUCUUCCUAGUUCGCCAAUGACGCAAGUCAGGUCUGGCCGGAAAUCAAAAAGCCAGGAGGCUACCCCAAAGCCCUCUAUACCUGCCCAGUCUCCAGUCAUUAAGGAAUCCGAUGUCCAGAAUGACCAUCUAUUGAGUGAUCUAGGGAGAUCACGAAGUUCUUCCCCGGACGAACUCGACUUCAUUCUACCACCGCCACCACCCCCACCAUUAAAAGCAUCCAUUGCAACCAAAAACUCCAAUGAUGUACAAUUCGAGAACGUUACACCACAAGAUAUCUCAGACGAUGACUCUCCAUUAUCGUCGCCUCCAUCGUCCCUUCACUCACCACCUCCGGCUGCAGACGAGGAUGAGAGGGAGACCGCUCCGGUAGCACCACAGCCAGAAAAUCCGAACCCAACUGUCCCAGAUCUCGAAAUUCCCCAAGAUAUUCUGACAGAGCUGGCUCAGCCAGUGCGGAGAUCUUUUCGUGAGCGCAAUGCUAUUCAAUUGCACCCAUACGCUCUCGAAAUGGCCAAGUAUCAGCGACUGAUGCAAGAACGAGGCAUUCGACCGGUCCGAACGGCCAUGCCCGCAGAAAAGAGCAAGCAACCCGAAACAACGAAUGAAAGCCAGGAGCAAGAUGAUUUUGACCCUAAUACACUUCGUUCCAGUCCUCCUCCAGAAGAGUUUCUCCCUCCGGUCAGGUCCGCGCGGCGUCAUGAAGGUGAUUCCACUGGACAGCCAACCCGGCCGCGUGAUCAUCAGCACUCUCCACUUCACCGAGUGCAUUCACAAAAACGAAGAAAGAAGUCACAUUCGGGUCAUGGGCGUGAAGCCAGACGUUCACCUGAAUACCACACAAGGCCCCAAGUGGUCAUCAACACCAAUACCACGCCUGGUCAUCGACAGGAUCCGUCUAUAUUCGACAUACCGUCCAGCCCGCCGCAUUCACGGAGUGUUUCGUCGUCUUCAAAAACACCACGAGCAUCAGAGGGCCUUCGGUUUUCGUUGGGAUUUACGCCACCUCCGAACACGACCCCAGGCGGGGACUCAAAUUCGGCGACACGGGUUGUGGGUGAACCUAGCAGGAGAGAUACGGAUCACCCAGUCUCGGUGAUUGAGAUCGAUGAUGAAUCAGAUUCGCAAGAAUCGAGGGAGUCCUCGGCUGAGCCCGAAGAAAGUGCAGCAGAUCGUCGGAUUCGGGAAAUGCAACGGAGAACUCGAGGUGUCCUUCCUGCAUCCUGGGUUCGGCUUAAUGCCGAGCAAUCUGAAAAGCAAAAAGCCGGACAAAGUAAUCGACAUGUUCCCGUGAGGAUGGACGGCAAAGGAGUUGCCAAGAAGAUUACUCGAAAGCCCGAACAAGCAGGAAGAGCAAGCGGUGGGCCGAGUCGAGCCUUGUUUGAUUUUGCAGACUUUGAUGAGAGUGAGGAUGACGACCGAAGCGCCAAUAUCUCUGUGUCUGUCAACACAAACUUCGAAGAAAUAUCAACGGGCAGGCUUGAAUUGGAAACUGCAUUCGAUCGAGAUGGAGACGCCAUGGAAGACAAUCGGAUUGACUACAUGCUUGCACCGGUCUCACGCAAACAAACCGGUCCCCGCGAGAAGCAGAAAAGUCUGAAACGAGUGAAAUCGAAGGAAAAUUCAGGUCAAACCGAACGUCGCCUGAAGAAAGCUCGCUUGCAAAGGCAGACCAGACUUACCGAUUCUUCCUACGGAGGGCGUCGAACGAAGCAGACUUCAUCCAGGUCAGCUCCACGAUUAGGUAUUUUGGAUGCCCCCGAUGUGGUUGCUAGGCCUCGUAAAGAACAGCCACAGUUCCUACGAAUUGCUGCAAGGAGAGCUCGAUCGCGUCUAGAUCAGGGCCGCCAAAGCCCGACUCGGAAGUUUGUGCAGCUGAGCUCAAGAGUGGACACGGCGGAUGCAAAUCAGUCCCUGCGGGACUGGAAAAGAGGAGCAAUACCACGAGCGAAGACCACCCGAGCUCUACCGAAGCCUCGCAAGCGCCAGACGCUCUCGGGUCUUUCAUCUGGCGCUCGUCGUGCUGCGCCUGUUGUCCGAAGCUCUCGUAUCACGAAUCAUUUCCCUGCUGCCGAUAUUGAGAUUCUAUCCGACCAUGCCAAUCCGCCUGUGCCUGCACCAGCUUCAAUCAGGGAUACUUCGGUUCCCGUCGAACUUGCCGUUCCUCCAAGCGCAAAUGUCGAUCCUGCGCCGCCUGCACAGUCGGAGCGACGAGGUCAUCAGUGGAUCGUUCAAAGAAAUAUGCCGAUAACAUCAUUGCGGCGAAAUGAUCCACGGCCCGCUCCAACAAGCCUAGCAGCACCUACUGGAAACCACUCGGCUUCCAAGGACAUGUUCAGGAGGUCUUUGACUUUGCUCAAUCGCAGAUACCGCCAUGAGAAUUCCUCUCGGGCUUUCAAGUCUAGCCUGACCCUCGACCGGUACAUUUCUGAUAAAGGCAUAGCGGCUUCUCCAACAGAUCCUAAAUCGCAACCAGCUCAGCGUCGUCUGAAAAAACACCAGCCAACUCGCAUCAAUCUUGAAUCGGACGACUUUGUGCAGAACCAAGACCUGGUCACAACAGUCUCUGACGACUCGGACUCCCCAACUACCACACACUCCGCUCCCGUUGGGACGUCGACCUUCAGUCUGGGGGGAAUGGUCAAUUGGCAACGCUCGUAUUCGAUUGACUUUGGGAUACUGCCUUUACGUGACGGCACCUUUUUCCAUGAGUCUACAUUCAUAGGCAGUGGCGAACUCACUCACUCAUUGCACAUCGGAAAGCGAGACAUGGAUAAGGAGGCUGGGUUCUCGUCAAUAACCGCCAAAGAUCGCUUACUGCAAUGGGGGGCGUGGAACGAGAGGAUCUCUUCCGAAAUGGGAUCUGUCUUCGGUAUGAUUCUGGAAGACCUGGAAAAGAGUGCGUCGUCAUCAUCGGCAGGCAAUGCAGGACCAGGCUUGCUGGCUGCGUCUCAUGCAUACCGAUCGAUCAUUACCUAUGUGACAGAGCAUUUGUCAUUCAUCGAUCCGGUUGAUCGAACAAGCUUCAUCGCACGAGCCACGGGACUAGUCUUUUCGUUGAGGGAUCCGCUGGCUGCUUUUAUCGCUGGAGCCGAAUACAACAAGAUUGGUCUCGUGCGGAUUGCAUGCCACAAUCUGCUAUUUGCCAAUCAGAUCCGUCAAAUUUCUUCUCACAAGCUCGUUGGAAGUGCGCUUGCUGGAGAUGCCGUGAAUCUUGUCAAAACCUGUGCCACGGACACUAUUGCAUUAAUCCAGUCUGAAACGGGCAUGGCUGAAAUCCAACGCCUCUUCGAGGAGAACAAGAAGCCUGAGCAGCGGGAGACCGGUCUUCGUGAACAGUUCCCCACAGCAGAAGCUUACUUGAUAACUGAGACCCUUUUCCACAGCUCGGAUGCGCUGGCUGGGAUAUUCAAUGAUCUCCAAACCGAUGCAUGCACCAAGAAUAUCGCUCGCAACGACAAGGAUAUUGCUCGCAACGAGACGGGAUGGCGUCGAUUGUUCUCCCUUCUUCCAUUCAACGAUAUCGAUAAUCAGGGUAUUUGCCGUCGAGAGACGCGUUUCAAAGUUGUGCAUGACAAUUGGCCGCUCGUUCAGAAGCUGCUAUCUCCCGCACUGGACAAUUACGGCACCAACUCUGCGACCCAGCCCAUCUCAUACAAUGUCUACUGCCGAGUACUCUUUCAAAGAUGUCAUCGCUUGAUCAAUACCUGGGGGUGGAGGGAAUGCAGGCCUAUACUUGACACACUCUAUGACUUCUUUGCACAAAACACUCUGUAUAACUUGAAGCUCGAGGAAAGCCGCGGGUCUCCUUCGUUCCUUGACGAACUCGAUCAAACCCCAUCCUUGGAUUUGCAGCCUGGGGAGCCGUGCUUUCAUACCUUGCUUAAGAUCAUUGCAAGUGGUCUGCGCUUUUUAUCUGAGCGGUAUAACGACAAGAAAGUCCGAAACUUUGCAUGGCGGCUGCUGCCAAACCAUGGCCGCGUCUACCCGAAAGAGAAGCCCCUCCGUCGUGAAGAUCUUGAUGCAUUGAGAAACCACCAUGAUCUUCUCUGUACGUUGUAUUGGGUCAUCCCUGCCGGAUUACGAUUUCGAGUAGAAAUCAUUCGUGAUUUGGUUCAUCCAGCUAGCUCGCACAAUGAGACGUGUAGCAUCAAUCUCCGCGCGUGGACAAGACUUGUCCGUUUCAAGUUGUCAACAAACGAAGACAUGUCAGAAUUGGAGCCGUUUGCCAACUGGCACAGCUUUUUCGUGAGUGAGCUUCGACAACAGCACGCGCAUGCUCGAAAGGAGAUUGAAGCGCAGAGCAAGAAUGGCGAGAAAGUCUCUCAACAUCUCAUUGAAAGUACUAUCGCCCAGAAUCAGCGACCGAUCGAGAAUCUGAUGUCCAUGGCGCUAAGUGGCCUGCAGACUGCCGUUGAGCGAGCACCUUCGAUUGAGCAUGCGCUGCGCCUUAUUUCGAAGACGCCUUUUGAGUCUCUGCUCGGAUUGUUCAACCCAAAACUGGCACGGGUGAAUGUGGUCGUUUCCGAUGCGUUGCAGGUGAUUGUGGCUUAUACCCGGAAGGAUCCUGCCGUUGCAUUAGGCGCUGCUACGCAGAAAGCAGCGCCCGCACCUGCAGUAUCAAUAGAGGAUGAUAGCCAAGAAUUUGAGGACGUUGACUGGGAUGAAAGUCUUGAUCAUGCCGUGGUACACCCAGAACCACCGAGUGAGGGUGUGCAGCAUGUCGAGAAAGUGCUUCAUUCUGCUGUUUCCCGUUUGCUCUCCAAUUGUUUCGGUGAGGACCACUGCCCUGACGAUGCAAUUCUUACGAGUGUUGUGGAUUGCUGGACAUCGGUUGCCCAGAUUAUGGUCUUCCACAAGCUCAGACAGUGGGACAAUUACCUGGAUCCUGUCAGCAUUGAGUCUUGGGCCAGUCUUCGGGAGACGGUGCAGACACGGAAAUUCACACCAUGUUUCCUGGCUGGAUGUAUCGAGAAAGAUGGCCGUAUUCUCUCCGACAGUCGAGUCCUUGUCAUAGGCAUGUGGAUUUCUUGCUUGGUGGAGCGAUCUUCAAUGUUGAAGUUUCAACAUCGUCUCACCGAGGCAAUGUUGAAUGAAAGCCCGCAUGAUCCGUUGCUACAGAACCUUCCUUUCUCCAAGGACAAGAAGAGUGAGCGGUAUACGAUCACCCUCGAAGAACUCAGUCAGCGGCGGAUUUCUCUCCUAUCAUGUAUCUUGUCGAACAUGCGCGAGCAUGUGCUGAGCCUCGAAGCCCUGGAUAGCCCAGACUUGAAUGUCACCAAGCAAGAUUAUUCCGAGAUGCUCAAGAGACUGAUGACCGCUAUGCGAAGUAACUAUCAAGAACUUGGCAAUGGAGCUGUGGAAUCUGCCCAAGGCGCAUAUGUCGACUUUGUGCACCGUAUCAUCAGGUUCUUGCAAGAAUUAACCAGCGAUAUCCGUCCCGUCGAUCCGUUCUUCACGGACCCGGCUGUGUUCCCCUUGCCAUCGUCGGACCCACGCUACAUUGUUGCCAAAUUGAAGCGUUACGAGCCCAAGUUGGCCUCCAGUAAGGAAUUGCAGACCUUAACCAUGUUCAUCCAGAGUAUCGUCGAGAGAGCGACUAUGGAUGGCCAGCACGACCAUCUAGUCAGCCAGCUACACUCCGCUAUGAAGGAUAGCUACGAGUCGGGAUUUCUCAACAAACCAACCCUGCGGGCUGUUCUCCUGCAGUGUGUGUUCCCAGCAUACAUUGAACUCGCCUUUAGCAACUCGACUGCUUGGUUGCUUGGUUUGCCCAUCAUUAAGAGCAUAUCGCUCGUUUUUAAUGACAUGUUGUUCAACUUGAACACGAAGGAUUCUUCUUGUGUCUCUUCCGUCUUGAAAAUUUUCGGUGCCGUCUUCCAAGCAACCCAUCAAGCACUUCGCCCUCUCUCCAAUCGACCUGUCCGACUUAGAGACCCCGUCGUCCUGAUGACGCUCACUGCUCUCGCCGAUAUGAUAUCUUCAUCUCUUGUCGUGGUCGACUACAUCGACCGUGUAACCGAUGCCGCAGAAGGUGUACUCUCAUACCUCGAAUGGUUCCGGGAAUUCUUUGUCGCUGUAUCCACGCUACAAGCUGAAUCCACAUUGGAUGCUGCGGUCGCCAGCUUGACAGGUCUUUUGCCCUCUAUGCUCUCUUCGGAUGGCCCAACCAAUGACUUGCCUCCACAACUGGCCACUGCUCGGCGGCUUGCAUUCGAGGAUCAUCAGUCUUGCCUCAGGAAUUGGUCUUUCCACGAUGGGAAAUACUAUUACACUCGCCCUGGCCAUGACUCGAAACUUGUCACUUUGGAACCUGAAACCGCCGCCCUGGUUGAGAACGAGUGUUCGACAAGACUUGAGUUUAAGGAUGCCGUUGCAGAUUUCGUGGACCGCGUCGACCGGUUCAAUCUGCUUCCGGAAUGA